UGGCUUGCGAACUGUCGUAGCAGCAACAGUCAAUAUGUUUGCAUAAAAUUUAUAUUUACUGGUAAAAAUAUAUCAAAUGCUCUCCCUCUGAUAGUAGUACCUACUUCAUUUGAGCCUUGAUACACGAGGUAUUCUAUUUUCGUAUGGAAUGAACGCGAAUGCACAUUGCAAUGAUCUAGUAAAUACAUGGGUCGGUGAGAAAUCUUUACGAACUGGGAAACCGUGAAAAUUAGGGUAAUUGCGAAGGACAGUUAGAUGUAUGUUUUACAUUGAUGUUUUAUUUGUUUUCUUGUUUUAGUUUUUUUCACAUACCUCCACAACUGAGUUUUUUAUUUUAUUGGACGGAUAUAUGAACCGCAAUACGAAUGAAUGAGGAAUGGAAAUGUAACCGGCUAACUGAAAGCGGAGGUUGGAAAGCACACAUUUUUCCCUCACGGUGAUAAAACAGCGGCGUGGCUUGUUACGGUCAGCUUGUGGCGUCAGCUUUGGAAAGUAAAUAUCAGAGGUCGUUAUGAAAGAACACGGAGUUGUACCAUCGGACUGGGUGGAUAUUUAAGGGUCAUUUGGAGAUCAGAGAAGGCAACGGCGCUAGUGCACCCUUCCAACGAACCCAAGCGCUCCCGUUCAUUUUGAGAACAUACUACAGCAUACUUUGAAGAUUGCUUGCGUACAGUCGGAAUUCAAAAAUUCACAAUCAAGAAUUUUUCAGAGUAGGUGUCUUAUGGUGGCGCAUUUGUGGGGAAUGCACAAUUCCGAACGAGAAACUGGCACGAUAUUUUGCUGCAAUCAAAACAAUGAAUAUUAUCUUCAACUUUAACACAAUGUUCCUCGUCAAACGCCGAUACACUUCCGAGAAUUUGCUUGGACAUUGAACCAGUCAUGCUUUACUGAAGGAAGCCGAAUCUCAUAACAUCCCUUAAAUCCAAAGCGACAUACUGGAGGAAAUACAGUAGCUUAUUGUAAUAAACCAAGAUUCGUAUUAAUUUCAGCAACCGGAUCAUUAUUUUCUAAAGACCAAGGCAAGCAUGGGGGAGCAGCCCAUCUACAGCACGAGAGCGCAUGUCUUCCACAUCGACCCCGCCACCAAGAAGAACUGGGUCCCCACCAGCAAACACGCCGUCACCGUAUCCUACUUCUACGACAGCACGCGCAACGUCUACCGCAUCAUCAGCCUGGACGGCACCAAGGCGAUCAUAAACAGCACCAUCACGCCCAACAUGACGUUCACCAAGACAUCGCAGAAGUUCGGCCAGUGGGCUGACAGCCGGGCCAACACGGUGUACGGCCUGGGAUUCUCCUCCGAGCACCACCUCAUGAAGUUUGCAGAGAAGUUUGCGGAAUUCAAGGAGGCAGCACGGUUAGCCAAGGAGAAAUCUCAGGAGAAGAUGGAGCUUACCAGCACCCCGUCUCAGGAGUCUGCACCGGGGGACAUUCAGCCGCCCCUCACCCCCGAGAGCAUCAAUGGGACGGACGAUGAGCGGGCCACGCCCGACGCCUCCCCGACCUCCGAGCCUCGCACCGAGCCCUUGCAGAACGCCCUGUCCCUCUCUCACAGCUCUGCCAUCAACAAGCACUGGGAGGCGGAGCUUGAGGCGCUGAAGAGCAACAACGCCAAGCUGACUGCAGCGCUACUGGAGUCCACAGCCAAUGUGAAGCAGUGGAAGCAGCAGCUGGCAGCCUAUCAGGAGGAGGCUGAGAGACUGCACAAACGGGUGACAGAGCUGGAGUGUAUGAGUGGUCAGACCAAUGUGAUCAAAUCACAUAAGACCGAACUCAACCACACGAUAGAGGAGCUGGAGUCAACGCUGAAGGCCAAGGAAGAGGAAAUGGAGCGGUUGAAAGAUGAGGUGGAGAAUGCAAAUGAACUGCAGACCCAAAGAGACUCCAUCGCCCAGAAACUACAGGAGACGGAGAUGCGGAACCAGGAUCUGGAGUCCCAGCUGCAGGAGGUGGAGACCCGGCUGGAGAGCAGCCAGCUACAGCAGGAGGCCUUCCGCAAGAACCUCAGAACCCUGCUGGAGAUCCUGGACGGCAAGAUCUUCGAGCUCACAGAGCUGCGGGACAGCCUGGCCAAGCUCGCCGAGUGCAGCUAGAGCCCCUCGCCCAAAAACAUCACGCAGAGGAGCAAUUUUCAAAUCUGGACCUCCAAUCCAAAUUCGGCCCUGGUUUUCUUUUCUCCAAGGUAGUCAGGUCUUCAUACCUGACUCCCAGGUAAUGGGUGGAAAACCAGCAGGCCUUUGAGCACCGUGAUUUGAUGACCCCUGACGUAGAGCCCCCCCAACUUCCAUCUAGAACCCUCCUCAGUGAAGUACCCUACUGGUUCCCAUGACACACAGCAGGGGCCACCCAGGAGUGCUUACCUGCGUUUCCCGCCUCCCCCAGCUGGAUGCGCCAUUAUUCAGAUUUGUACUUAAAGGGUACGACUAACUUCUGCUGACCUUUUUGUGUUGGUAGAAUUCUUUUGUAAGAGAAUAUUCAAAAUGGUCUCUUUUUCGGUUUCUUUACAUUUUCCAGAGGUGGUAUAUUCUGUGUAUUGUGCCUCUGUACAGCAGGGCAGAACUUUUCUAAUGUAUGAAUUAAUGAGGAUUCACUUUUCCUCUUGUGAGUUCUGUGUGACGAUGGAUUUGAUCAAUUAUGAUGGCCCAUUGGGACGUUGGAGACUGCGGUCAUAUUCAGAAUUAUAGAGGACGACUCGAUAUUGGUUCCUUGACAAAAAAGAGUGAAGUCGGGGCGAUUGUGUGGAAUACCAUUUCUGGGAACCCGGCGUCUCCCUGGCCGUACCAUCAAUUCCGGCUGGUCCAAAAGCCUUCCGUUUCACCGAGGUGGGACCCCCUUCCUGAUCUUAGCUGGGACUAACACACGAAUGUCAUAAUUCAACAGAGCAACAUGCGGAGUGGAUGUGUGGAUUUAGUAUACAGAAGCGACACAAACACAAUGAGCAAUACAGGAGUGAGCUUCUGGGAUACAUGGCCACUGUAUCUCCCAAUCAGGUAUUUUAUUACGCUCCCUGAAGCAGACAUCACGGCGAGACCCUCACUUCUAACGAACACGGCUCCGGCGCAAGGCUGCGAUUGGUCAGCAGUGAAUUUAAAACACUUCAUUUCUAUAUAUUUGUCCUUUUUAUAUGUCUAUAAAUCACAUUUAUACUCCUUGUAAAAACUGAACCACUGUACACAAGACUGGAAUCGGAAAUGUUUCCCCAGAAGAGCAUCAGUAGACUUGACCCUCUCACCUUUCUGAUAUUUCACUGAAUAUUAAUAUAAUAAUUAUGAUUAUUGUCAGAGAUACUGAAAUUAAGACAGUUUUGUUUAGACCUCAAAUGAUUUUUGCUUUUUCUCUUUUCUAACAUAUGAUACUUGGGUAUUAUAAUUGUAUUUAUAGGUGUGAAAUAUGGCAAUAUUUUUUAUCUAUUUAAAAGCGGAUCAAUUAAACAAAAAUAAAAAACAGCCACUUGAACAAAGACAGUAGUGAUGUGAUACAAUUAUUGAUUCAUAAAAAAAAUCUGCCAAAUGGGAUUUCCUCAAAGUGCCCUGGGUACAGAAAUGCAUCAUAAGCAGGUUAUUCCAGCACAGCAUGACGGUGUAUUGUUUCUGAAAAGCAGUGAUUAAGCAGAGGUGGUGUACUUUUAAAAGGUUGUUUAAGGGUUUGUAGCACUUCUGUUUCUUCAGUUACACUCAUCGUGUGGAGCUGAGAGUUAGCAGAAUGUGUAGAUUUAAGCACUAUUCUCACACAUUCCAUUGAAAUUUGGUGAAACACUGAAUAAAUUGUGAAUUUUCAUAA